AUGACAGCGACAAGCCAUUCCUAUUUAACGCCUCGUCAGAGUGAGAAGAGCGCGUCUGCAGUUGGCGGGAUGACCAAGCGAGUACCAAGUCUGGAAUUUCAGUGAUUUUUGAAAAUUUUCUAAUUUACAGUGGAGAAAAAAAAAGUGACCAAGCGAAGGACGACGAGGUUAAAAGUCUGUCAACUGUGUCUUCUACUCACACGAAACACAUCAUUAAUUGCAGAAUGCGAGCUUCAGUGUGGAGGAAAUUACUGAUAACCGGGAAAAGAGCAGUCAGAAGCGUAUAACGGUACGCUAGUUUUUCAUUGGUCUCGGACAUUUUUUUCGCUCUCAGAGAAUGAAAGGCUUGAGUACCAUUGAAUCUACCCAGGAGUUUAACAGCUCCAAGAAGCCGCUGAAGAAGAAAUCAACAAAACAAGCCUUGGCUAAGGCGCAGAGUCCAUUGCAGAAGGGUGUAGCAACGAAGUCAAAGCCUCAAGAAACGAAGUCAGCACUGGAAAUGCUUCAAAUUGGAAAGUCUUACGAAAUCUGCCAUAGUCCUAAAGAUCGCACUCUCACAACCGAAGUAAUCUUUUCUUGUCAUGUCUAAUCAACCGGUCGUAGAGUUCAGGUCGAAAUGGUCAACUUCAUAAGUCCCAAGCGUGAUGGCUCUAAACGAGAAACAGCUUCAUCGUGCUCUUCUUCGACUUCACAAUGCGUAGAGUCUGUGCAGCUGAAAACCGGACGAAACAUUAAUCCUGUACAUAAAACCUCUGAAGGCGAUACGGAAGCUGAAAAUAACGCUGUUAUUCGAAUUUAUUAGAUUUUCGAAUCGGUAAAGAUUUGAGAUGCCGUUAGAAGUUGGUGAAAGCGUGGUGCUGUUGGAAAAAAAGUCUGACGCAUUGGUGGGCGAGUGUGAAGAUAAAACAACUAAGGUGAAUUUCAUAGAGAGAAAUUUAAAAUGAGAAAAAAAUCUUCAGCCGAAAGGAACCGAAUCGAGUGACGCGGAAAAGUGAGCGCAAUUUUAAAACAACAAUGGUAUACGUUGUUCUCUUAUAUCUAGGAGAAAGCGAACAAAAGCCUGGCUACACUCGGUGCUCCAGAAAGGCGUUUGCGGACUUCGGUCAGAGUUUAGACAUGUACCAAACGAGGUUUGUGAUUCCAGAAUGAGUUUCAUCACAUUUUUGAUAGAUAUUUCUCAAUUAUUUUAUUUGAACGAUUACAACCAGCGUUUUAGUUUCAAAAAAGCGAAUUAUAGCCUGUUCAGAUUCGAAGUCAACUCUCAAACUCUGCCACUUAUGUGUAGAUCAAACCAAUCAGAGAGCAGCCAUCCAGAGAGCAUUUUUGGGGGCGGAGUUGGCUGCUUUACAUUCGAAAUCUGAACAGACUAUGCACAUUCAUCUUGUUCGAUUUAUGUGUGAUUUUUGAAAAUCCUAUUUUUGCUGACCACCCAUGAACUGUGAUUAGUUCAUUAUUCAUUGUAUUUUUUUCCUAAAUUAAUUUCGUUAGUUUUAGUACUUUUUUUGUGAGAAAACGUUAGGUUUUGAGCAAUUCAAGAAUCCAAAAUUUCCGAAUUCUCAAAUUUCUUAUCGUUGGUCUGGACCCAUUUCGAUUCGAAACUGUCUUUUUUCCUAAACUCGAAUAAAUUCUGAGAACCUGCUACGUUUAUUACCAAAAAAAAAAUUGAGAAGGAAUAUAUUUGUUAACAUUUACAACAACUACACUUUCUCCAGGCCCCAAUGGAAAAAUCGACGGUUUUCAAGGAAAACAACGACCGGAAUCGUUACAGCAACGUGCCUUGCUGUGAUCAGACCCGAGUUCAGUUGCCGCCGCCUCAGACUUAUAUUCACGCCAACUAUGUUGGGUAAGUUCAGUCCAUGAGUUUAUCCUCUUUAAUUUUAUUUUCAGCUCGGGAUGUGCCAAACAGCGGUUCGUCUGCGCUCAAGCGCCUUUGCCGAACACAGCAGACGACUUUUGGAGGAUGAUCAUCAAAACUGUUUGUUUUUGCCUUUAAUCCGAUUGAAGUUAGUUCUUUUUAGGAGGCGGAACAUGUGGUUAUGCUUUGCGACUUAGUGGAGAAAGGCCGGACGAAGUCCUUUGAAUAUUUUCCUAAGUUUGUGACACGGAAACACGUAUGAAGCUAGACAAUUUUAUUCAAAUGCGAAAAUAAUUAAUUUGCGUAGCCGCAAUCCCAAGAAACUCUAUAAAUUGCAAUAUAUUUUCUAAGGUCAAAAAGCGAGGUGCUGCAGAUUAACGACACUUGCUCGAUUGUCAAUGAAGAAAUUCGAGAAGUGAGUGGAAAUUUUCAUUACAUUUCCUAUCAUACUUGAUUUUCUUUGCAGUUUGCUAAAGACGUGUUCCAGCGAACGCUUCGAGUGAAAACUAAGGAUAAUUCGAGAACAAUGUCCCAUUAUCAUUGGACGAAAUGGCCAGAUCACGGUGUCCCAGAAUCGUUUUCCAUUCCGCUGAAGCUGGUGGCGGCCGUUCGAGAUUCCAGGUUAAAUUUAUUUUUUCCUUAAAUGUCCGAUGAGCUCUUAAAAAUGAGCAUUGGCUCAUGAAAAUUGGGAGUCAUUUCCAGUCUUAUUUCAGGCCAUACAAGACUUUUAUAGUGGAAUUUCCAAGCAGAUUUUUUUUUCUAGAGAAAUUUCUAUUCAUCUUUCCUUUACCGUUAUCAUCGAUUUUUCAGUAAACCUAUAAUUUACCACUGCUCGGCUGGAGUAGGUCGAACUGGAACUAUGGCUCUUCUGCAAAUCAUUUGGGAGGUUUUUGGGCCGCUUCUCGUUCGUAUUUUUUCCUUUUUUUUUGCAGUGCGUCCGACGACCAGAUUUUUCCGACUCGGCAACUGCUCUGAAAAAGUUACGCGAGGAACGUUUUAGAUGUGUUCAGGUUGAAUUUUACUCUAUCAUUUUUUUUCACUCUGACAAUCUUUAGAACGAUAUUCAAUACUUAUACAUUCAUCGAUGUCUAAUCGAGUACCUGAUCUCGAAAAAGUUCAGUUUUCCACAGAAUCAAUACAACAAAUUCAAAGAGGUGAGUAAUUUCAGCGCAUUUAAAAUUGGUGGAAUGAAAAAAAGACCAGCGCAAUUUCAAAAGGCGACUUUUCCGAUUUUUUAAUAUCGCUAGGGAACUUUCCGACGGCCACCUUUCCGCCGAAUCCCUUUCCGACUUUUUUUCCCUUAUAUUUUUCGGUUUAUAAAAUAUCUAUUUACACUUUUUUUUUUUCCUAUUUCUUUGUGUUUUAAUCAUGAACCAAUUACCUACUUUAUGUAGGAAGAUUCAAAACGAGAAGUUUAUCGAGAAAAUAAUGUUGGAAAAAGAUUCGUCGGAAAGGAGGCCGUCGGAAAGUUCCCUAGCGAUAUGAAAAAACCGGAAAGGUCGCCGUUUGAAUUUUCGCUGGUCUUUUUUUCAUACCACCUAAAAAUCGUGUCAACGCAAAUUUUCUUUUUUUCAAUUUCAAUUCAAGUUACGCCCCGCCUUUUGAGUUUCACUCAGAAAAUGGUUAAUAAAUUAUUGUAAUUAUUGUUGCUAACAGGAGCUUUCAGGUCAAAGUUUGACAUCAUUUUUUUUCCAUCGUACUUCGUACAAUGUUUGGCAAAAGUUUUUGAGACCUGCGCGCGGGACUGUCAUUUGAAAGCUCCAAACUCAGCAAUGUGUUUGAGGCUUUCGAGUUAAGGAUUGGUAGCUUGAAGUUCUUAGUGGAACAUUAAAACCUGCCGAAACUCAAAAGGAUCAAGUUAAGGAAUACGAUGCGAUUGUGGCGAGAAAGUCGGCGGAGCGAAUGAAUCGCGAGAAGGAGGCUGAAAGAGCUCGACAAAGCGAUCCUAUGCGUGAAAUAUCGACGACGGCUGCCCAAAUAGCUUCUCGAGAAAGUCGCGACAUGAUUCACGAGCAAUAA